GCUCGCAUUCUUGAUGAAGCCGAAAGGAAGACAAGGAACAGUUCUAUCAAGUUUCUCAAGGUCCUUUGGUCUAAUCAUUCCGAGAAAGAAGCAACUUGGGAACGCGAAGAUCUUCUCAGAUCCGAGUAUCCCGCUCUCUUCACAUCUCCUUAGGAAUCUCGGGGCGCGAUUCCUUCAAGGGGGGGCGAGUUGUAACAUCCCAAACGUCGGUACCGAGGAGUACGGCGAGGAGUACGACUACUACCUUGAGGAGGAUCGUGUCGGUUUCUCUUCUUCUGACUUGACAGGAUGCCUCCAAGGCGCGCACCUCCGCCUCCUCCACCUCCACCUCUGGAAAUUGGGCAAGCUCUGCUGAAUGUGACUCAGAUUCUAGCGCAGCUGGCCCAGAACCAGGCGCAGAACAAUGAAGGGAAUGGUCGGGUCACUAUCAGAGAGUUCCUUAACCUCAACCCGCGCACCUUCGACACUCCUCUGAAGCCACUAGAUGCAGAUGAUUGGCUGCGUGAGAUGAACCGCACCCUCAACAUCGCGCGUGUAGCUCCAGCAGACAGAGUUUCCUUUGUGACCUUCCUCCUGAGAGGUGAGUCUGCUGCGUGGCGGGACAGCUACCCGGAGAGGAGAGAUCCGGAUGUUGAGACCGGUUGGGAUG